AAUCUAUAAAAAACGUCUCAUAAAUUUAAUUAUAAUUGCAGUACCAUGUGAUCAAGCACUUACCAAGGUGGAGAGUUUGUUGACGCGGGCGACGGCGAUGAUGGUGGCGACGGAGUCCAAAACAUAAGCACAAUUUGGAGUUCGGACAACGUUGACCGCCGCAGUCCCUCACCCCACCCACCCCUGUUCUUCAUCUUCUCAACUCAGCCUUCAGGGAUUCAUGAGACCAACGUCAUCACAUGGCGGGCGGAUCUCAUAAGAAGAAACCCACCAAGCGAUCGUCGAGUUUCAAGCCUCAGCCCUCCAUGGCUUCUACUUCCUCACUUUUCACAAGACCAUCUCCGCUCGCUUUCGUUCUUCUACUCCUCUUUCUCGUCGCUGUUCUGUGCUUAUCCUGGAAGAGUGACCCCUCUUUCGCGGUUCAUGCUUCCGCCGAACUCCAAUCCGUCGAAGUAGUUAACGUGUUUCCCCACGACAGGAAGGCCUUCACUCAGGGCCUUCUAUAUGGAGGGGAUGACACCUUGUUCGAGUCAACUGGUCUUUAUGGGGAGUCAUCAGUUCGGAAAGUCUCUCUUCGGACUGGAAAGGUUGAGGCUCUUCAGAAAAUGGAUAGCUCUUAUUUUGGGGAGGGUUUAACUCUUCUUGGUGAAAGGUUAUUCCAAGUAACUUGGUUGCAGAAAACUGGUUUCAUAUAUGACCGAAAUAAUUUAAGCAAAUUCGAGAAUUUUAAGCAUCAUAUGAAAGAUGGUUGGGGCCUAGCAACUGAUGGUAAUAUUUUAUUUGGAAGUGAUGGAACUUCAACCUUGUACCACAUUGACUCUCGAACAUUGAAAGUAUUAAGAAAACAAAUAGUUAAAUACAAAGGUCAUGAAGUGCACAACCUCAAUGAACUUGAAUUUGUGAAUGGUGAAGUCUUGGCAAAUGUUUGGCAGACUGAUUGCAUUGCUAGAAUCUCAGUGAAAGAUGGGGGUGUUCUUGGAUGGAUUCUCCUACCAAACUUGAGGGAAGGACUGGUGGCGGCUGGAGAAAAUGGUAUUGAUGUUUUGAAUGGCAUAGCAUGGGAUGUCAAACAAAAGCGUCUUUUCGUGACAGGAAAACUGUGGCCAAAGAUUUAUGAAAUCAAGUUGCACCCAAUGACGAAACCAUUGAGUGGAUCGAUUGAGCAGCUUUGCAUGCCACAGCCUUUUAAUUUUUGGCAUUAGUAAAUCCCACCGAGACAACGAGGUUGAGCAACUUGCCAGAUCGCUUCGAUUUCCCAGACAAUAUCCCUAUUCCAAAACUGCAUGCUGAAUUACAAGUUCUUGCAAAUAGGCUGCUGUAGGGAAACUGAACUUGCAUAUAUUUCUCGGUGUCAUUCAUUAUAAAAUGUUUUGGCAUGUACUUGCUGUUGGGCUGUGUCCCAGAACUAGUGACAGUUUGGUGAAGCAUGCAGUUCCUUGAAAUUCAGAGAAGAGAAACUCAAAUACUGUUGAAUAGGGAGUAAUAAUUGUUGCAAUAGAAAUAUAGAGUGGCUCAAGCCUGUUUGGUUGGGUGGAAAA